AUGGGCCAUGGCGGCACGGCGCAGCCGCAGAGCAGCGGCGUAGAGCGCAGCGUCCACAUGCCCGCUGAUGGUGGUGGCGCCGGGCAUGGUGGGCAGGGCGAGGUAGCCACCCCGGAAAGGCGGCUGAAUUGCUUCGUACGCUGCGUCGCGCUGAUCGAAAGGCUGGGCAACGCCCUCGGCACCCUGGCCUUCACCUGGGCAACCGUCGUCCUGCUAGGUGGCUUCUCAACGAAGCUUCGUCACGGCAAUGAUUUUUGGUUCGCCACCACCAUAUUUUUCCUCGAAGCUUUCAGGAUGUUCAGUCGCAACAACAGAACAGAUUAUAAAGUGUUCUUUGGCACUAGAGGUGCUUUCAGAUCUCUUGGCUGGAAUGGAUUGGUUCUUAUAGUAUAUCUUAACGGUGUGGUGUUGUGCAUCCCUUUGCUCGCACCAAGCCUACAAGAUGCCACUGGCCAAUUUGUGGUGUUGUUCCUCCCACUUCUGGGGAUACUAGUUGCCAUUGGCCAAUUUAUGUGUCCAGGAGCUCCAAGCCUACUAGCACGCUUUCCACUACGGUUGCGGCGUGCAAUAUCAUUAUGGAGCCCCGUGGUUGCAAUCAUCAUACUGCUGGGGGCCUCUUUAAAGCAAUAUUCUUUAUCGAAGCAACAAGAACAUAAGAAUCAAUAUCAAGAUUAUUAUUUCUAUUUCAAACAUUACCCGGUGGCCAUAUGUAUAGCGUACGGGGUGCUGCUUGUGGUGGUGGUGCUAGUGACAGUUAGCAAGAUGAGGUUCGCAGAUAUCAUCAAGCUAGUGAACAUUAUUCUGGGCAGAAAACAAGAGUUCUGGCGUCGUGUUGUUCUAAACUUGUGCAUGAUUGGUGCAAUUGUGAUGGCGGCAUUCUCUUUCUACGGUGAUGAUUGGUACGUGGCACCUGUAAUGAUCGUAGUCGAAGCAUCAACCCCAGUGUUAGUUUCAUUUGGCAACUUUCAGGUACCUGCAGCGGUGCUCCGAUUGGUGCUCCCACUUAUACGUUUUCAAUACAUAUCAAAAGACUACAAAAACUAUUGUAAUAAGGAAGAUGGUGCUACACCAAGCCCCGCACCAUCACCGGCACCAAGUGAUGGUGCAUGCGAUCCUGAUACGAUAAACCUUGCACCAUCUUUAAACAUCUUCUAUGGGAUGGUACUUGGCCAAGGAGCAUUGUAUCUUGUGGCAUGCGUGGUCGAGAUCUUCUCAUUCAUCCCUCGAAGAUUUCUCAUCAACCGUGGGGGAUUCAAAGGUCAGUGGGGAGUAGACUCUGUCGAUUUGUACUACUCAUAUGCCUUGGAGAAAUGCAUGGAAAGUAAUGUGCUUGCUCCAAAUAUCAGCCUUUGCAACUUUGCCAUUAAUUAUCUAAACUCAGACUCAACCAAGAGGCAGCUCCAUGGCAUCCGGACUGCACACACCCUUCUACAGAGGGAUCCAAGCAGGACACGGCUCCUUUUGAAGCUCAAAGCAUCGACAGAGACGAUGACCAGAGUAAUGAGAAUGCUGCACCGGACAGGACGAGACAGAGGGGAUGAAACCAUUAGACUAUUUUCAGCGAAGGUCAUUGAUCAGCUUGCCAAAAGCCUCCUAGCCGUCAACUGCCCUGGGAUAGUUCAGAAUGUGUCUCUACUUUUGGAUUGCGGUAACCAACAUAAAAGAGUAAACCCACUUCUGAACACAGAUGAAGAAGAAGAGCAGCAACAUGAUCUAUUUGUAAAUGCCACUUGUAACAUAACAGAAAGGGGAGAUGAAGUUCUGGACACUGGUAAACUGCUCGAAACACAAGAGCACUCAACCCAGCAAAUUUGUAAUAGUAACGAGCAUAACUUCUGGAUAGUCAGACGGUGGCGACAAGUUUCUGAAUUCUGGUCAGUUCCCCAGGAAGGACCAUUGACAGAGCAGGAUCUUCUCCCAGUAAUUGGUAUGUCCAUUAUUCAAAGCCUAGCUACUUAUGAUCAAAGCAACUGUACAGAGAUCAGCAAAGCGGUCGACCUCAUUCGAAAGAUCACAAGAUUCACAAGCUUUUGCAGAACUGACACCAACUAUACUGACGCUGAAAAGAAGGUCCUAGUUCACUCAUCAUUGAAGGUAUUCUACAGGCUCACAAGCAUCGAUGGGGAGAUCGGCAUAACACUGCGACACAAGAUAUCAAAACAUCCCUUUCUCUUGAGAAAUCUCUCAGAGGUCCUAGGAGACAUCACAAGUAAUUAUGAGACGAGGAAGGUGGCGGCAGGAAUUAUUAGAAACCUUGCUAUCGAUGCAAGCAUGAGACUAGCAAUUGGGCGUGUUCAAAGGAUCAUUACCAGAUUGAUGCAUGCGUUUCUCACUCCAGACCAGCCCUCCAGUAGUGCAGGUGCAAGUUUUCCUCACUCCAGAGAAGCCCUAAGGAAGGUCGCAGGACAAGCAUUAGCAAUGUUGGCAAUAGGCAAUGUCGACAACUGCCUGACUAUGCUAAGGCAAACAGGCUAUUCAUUCAUUGCGGAACUCACAACCAUGAUCCAUUUUGAAAGGUAUAGAUGUGUUGCAGCAAGUUUGUUGCGGAAUGUGUGCAUGCAUGCUCGAUCUGAGCUCAAAGAGACCGACUUGAAGCAACUAUCUUACAUCUCGCGGGUGGUGCUGGAAAGAAUACUCCGUGCAGAGGGUGAAGAACUAGAAAUCUUCAUUGGCCUUAGUUCACAUAUAUAUGAAGCCAUCCCCGAGGAGUUCGCCCGAGAUUUUGAGUAUGGUCACAUUAAGGUAACAUUUGUGAAGCGGCUUGUCGACGCAUUGAAUGCGAACAUGGAGCCCAAUGCUGAUUGCCCUGGGAUCAGGAGAGUGAUACUUGAACAAGCCAUAAAGUUGAUGGAGUAUGACUCUAGUACUGUAGAUUGCUUCCAUAAUCUUCACAUGAUAGAGGUAUUAUCGACUGUUGAGGAGACCAUCUCAGAGGCAGAGAACUACACCAUCUUCAUGGGUGAUAUUGGGCUAAUGGAGGCAGGUGAACCUUUAUCCUCGCUUGUGGAGAGGGCUAAACAGCUACUGGACGUCUGCUGA